GCCCGCUGGCUCAAAAAAAAUCAAAAUAAGCUUUGAUUCGAUUUUGAACGGAAAUCUUUGUUUGAUCUCUGAGACUUUAAACGAACAUGGUUUUACUGCGAAUAUCCCAUCGAACCUUAUCUACUCUUUUGGUAUAAUAAAACUAGAUCCAGACGUCUCCGAGGACGAUUUUCGGGAUGGAGUUCAAUCAAGUUCUCCAAUUGUAAGCUUCAAACGUAUUUCUAUUAAAAAAGAUGGUAAUAGCGUAGCUACACGCAUCGUCGAACUUAAAUUUUUGUCUCCUAAACUACCUCAACACAUUUCGAUCUACAAUAUGAUCUUUGAUGUAAACCCCAGCAUCCGUUCUCCGGUACAAUGUAACCGUUGUCUACGUUAUGGACACACGCAAAAAUUCUGUCGCAGUGAUCCAAGAUGCGGUCACUGUGGUGGCUCCAAACAUACUAUCACAGAAUGCCCGACCGUCCACGCCACGGACCCCUUAUGCCUCUUCUGCAAACUUCCUCAUGUUGCCACUGAUCGUAGCUGCCAGGAAUGGUCUGUUCAAAAGGACAUCAAGAGAAUCAUGGCUAUAGAGAAUCUCUCUUACAAAGACGCCUUAGAUUUUAAGAAAAAUAAAUAUUGUACGUCUGCUUUUAAAUACUCUGAUAUUGUAAAUAGCCAGCUUCCAAAUUCUAAUAAUUUAAAUACUGAUAUCCCUCUUAAUGAGGAGAACUUUCCAAUUUUAAAUGAAAGUCAUCAUUUUUUUAAUUCCAAAAAAAAUAAAAGAAAACCUCUUAAUAUAUCAAAUAAUAAUAGAGUUGUCUUACCCGUUGUUACUUCUUAUUCUCCCCCUAAUGGCAGUUAUCUAAAUAAUAUCUCUAACCAACACAACCCGAUAGUGAAUAACCUAAACGAUCUUUCUUGGGUACAUACAUUAUCCAUAAAAUUAUCCGAAACUUUAAUCAACUCCCCCUCCUUAUCCUCUCCCUUCUCCCCCUCUUCCCUUCAAUCACUAAUUGAGUCUUCUCUAACUUCCUUACUAGCUAUACCUAAUGUUAAACACUUAUCCUAAACGCCAGUACCUAGGAUAUUUAGUAUUCUAGUAUUCUUUGUAUUCUAAGCGUACAUCCUUGAUUAAUUAUAUUAAGUUUUUAAACAUUCCUCCCACUCUCCCUUCUAUACUCAACACCCAAGCCGAAACAGUUAUAAAAAAAAAUAAUACAUUUUUAUUGGAAGCUGGCUUGUAAUUUGAGGUGAUAUCUACACACAUUAUUAUUUAAUUAGAUAUUAUAAUCUGUUACUUCUUUCUUUUUAAUUACUUUAUAUUGUCUUACUAUAUUUUUGUCAUAGCUAUUACUUGUUUUAUUUAAUAAUUGUUGAGCUAUUAUAGUUACAUACUAAAAGCUAAUAAAAAAAAAA